AUGUCUGUGGCGACCUUUCAGCGCGAUACCGCUUUUCAGGUGCGGUCUUUGUUUCGCUCCCUGCUGCGACAAUCGUCCCAGUUCUCCAAUUACAACUUCCGUGAUUAUGCCCUCCGGAAGACGCGAGACUCGUUCCGUGAACAUCAACAUGAGACAGAGGAACGCCGGAUACAGGAGCUGAUUCAGGAAGGACUCAAGAGCCUGCGUCUCGUGAAGAGGCAAACUAUCAUCAGCCAGUUCUAUCAGAUGGACAAGAUGGUGGUGGAAGGCCAGAAGACAGGAAAGGAAACAGGAGAUCAUGGGGGUAUUGUCCGUCAAAAGGACACUGGCUGGGACUAA